AUGCCUGUUUACGCUAUGACAUGUUUCAAACUCCCAAAAGCAAUCUGUGCCAAUCUGAGAAAUGCUAUGGCUGAGCUCUGGUGGAGCGCAGUGGAGAAGAAAAGAAAAAUCCAUUGGAUUAGUUGGGAGAAAAUGUGUCUGCCUAAACGGUUAGGAGGAAUGGGGUUUAGAGACAUCGAGGAUUUUAAUCAAGCCAUGUUAGCCAAACAAGCGUGGAAGAUUCUACAAGAGCCUGAGAGUUUAGUGGCAAAACUUCUCAAAAGCAGUAUUCAGUGGGGCAAGGAGCUGUUAGUUAAGGGUUUAAGGAAGAGGGUGGGCAAUAGAAAUAUGAUUGAGGUGUGGACAGAUCCGUGGAUAUUUGACGAAGGGUUAAGAGCUCCGUGGAGGCUAAUCAAUCCGUUCAACGUCAAUUUAUUGGCAAAGGAUCUGAUCGAUUUUCGGUAUAAGAAAUGGGAUGUGGCAAAGUUGAGAGAAGUUUUCUUCGAAGAAGAUGUGCAGAGAGUGAUGGAAUUCCUACCAGUAACGAAUGUGGAGGAUUUCUGGUGUUGGAUGCAUAAUCAGAGUGGUGAUUACUCUGUCAAGUCAGGAUUCUGGUUAGCGACUUCGAUAAACAAAGCCAAAAGCAUAAGAGAAGCUUUGAUGCUUCCGUCGCUGAAUAUACUGAAAUCGGCUGUAUGGAUUAUUCCUACCACUCAAAAAAUCAGGAAUUUUCUUUGGAGGGCUCUUAGUGGUGCAAUAGCGAGGAAGAAUGAUCUUAUUCCACAGCUCUUGAGAAGAAGAUUCCCUUGGGUCAUCUGGAUUUUGUGGAAGAACAGAAACAAUUUGGCUUUUGAGAGCAAAAACUUCAAUGCGAUGGUAACGAUGGAGAAGAUAAUUGAAAAGGUGGAUCAAUGGUUUGUGGCUCAAGAGGUGGAUAAAGUCCUUGAGGACUUGGCUCCGUUGGUCAACGCAACUCAGGUGAAACGUUGGAGACCACCGCCUGAACCAUGGCUCAAAUGCAACAUUGGAGUGUAUAUGGAGAAAGGUUCUGGAAGACGAGGCGUGGCUUGGGUUCUCAGAGACUGGAAGGGUAUCGUUUGUCUGCAUAGUAGAAGAGCUUUGGCUACUGUGGGCAACAAGUUAGAGUGUGGUUUUAUAGGAGCUUUGUGGGCGCUCGAAAAUUUACGUAGCCAUGGCGUGAAACAAGUGGUUUUAGCGACAGAAGAUUCGGUGGUAUUGGGGGUGAUGGAAAGACCUAAAGCUUGGCCUUAUUUCAAGUUGCAAGUUUGCGAUUUGUCCACAGUCAUUCCUUGGCUUGAAGGGUUGAAGUUUGAGCUGGAACCAAGAUGUGCUAACAGAAGAGUUUAUCUCAUCGCACAAAGUGUCGUUCGAGGAGAUCGAGGGCAAUCUUAUGUUGCAUCGGGUCACCCUCGCUGGUUGAAUGAGAUCUUUGUCAGUGAGAGAGUUUUUUCCUGUCUAAAGCCUGGUCGUUUUUUGGGUAGUUAG